CGGCAAUUUCAGAAAAUUAAACUAUUGGAGGCCUGCCGCCGGAGGUUAUUCUAUCCCCAUUAGGCCUAACCCUUAUUACGGUAAUCGAUAUGAACUAAUAUUGUUCCUUAUCGAUAUACAAUGCGAAGCAUUCUCAACCGAAUGCGCAAGAUCAACUACUAGGAGGGGUAUGUAAUAAUCAGCAACCCUACUCAUCGCGUUGAACAAUAAUGUCUCGUCAAGCAAUCAGCGCUCAGCGCCAUGUACUACGGGCUCUCGGCCAGUGGCCCAAAGACACUUUGCGACCUCAGAUCCAGUUCCAAGACGUACUGCGUAAGCGAUUUGAAAGUUCCUCUGGUAUGUCCGAGCAAGACCAGCUGAAACAAGCCAAUGCGCUAUACUCACUUCUGGAUAACCGAUAUAAGAAAACGUACCCCAUCACGGGCUCUCUAUUACGCCCUAGGAGUAAGCCGACGUAUUUUACAGAUUUGGUAAAGGAGCUUGAGGAAGCACCGACUCGAUCCUACUUGGACAGGUUAUGGUUGCGGGUGAAGGGCAUUGUAAGAAUACAAUAACAACGCCAAGGGGCUCUUGUGAAUCAGCAAAGAAUUACACGUAUCAUAUAGAAGAGUUAGCAAGUCAAUUCUACUCAGGGUCACGAACAUUGCGC